AUGCUAUCUACUUCCUGGCCAUCAACAAACCCUCAGUCCAAGGAUAUGGAUUCUAAAACGCCUUACGGCGCGAAGAAAUUCCGAGUUCUGAUGCUUCAUGGCUUCGCGAGUAAUAGAACCGAACUUCGUGCAAAGUCAAGUCCAAUAUCCCAACGCAUCAACGAUCUGGUUACUCCUGAGAUUAUCGCCGAUUUUCCUGGGGGCAUUGAGUUCUUAUACCCUAAUGCGCCCAUAGCCCUCGAACCCCCACUGGGAUUCGAUGCAGACUUCGCCGAGGAGAAAGAUGAAUGGAACCUGCAUUACGCCAUAAAUGGAGUGGAAGAAUCAGAUUCAACAGCCAUGGGUUGGUGGUACGGCCGGGAUACUGUGAGCAGAUACAAGGGCAUUGAGGACUCGCUUUCAUUUCUGGCAAGAUAUAUUCACGGACGACCGAUUCAUGGGAUCAUCGGGUUUUCACAGGGUGCUUGCAUCUCGGGAAUGAUCUGCUCUCUCCUCGAAAGCAGGAAUGAUCCGGAGAAGGCUGCCGCCAUUCGGCUACAAAACUUACCUCUGGACGAGUAUUUGCGCUUGCCAGGUCAAGAGCCCUUGAGGUUCUUCAUUGGUAUCGGAGGCUAUCGGGGAACAUUGCAGUAUUAUGGAAGCUUGUACUCGUCUCUGAUAAACACACCAAGCUGUCAUGCACUAGCCAGCAUGGACUUCAUCGUGGAAAGAUUCCAAACCAUGAAUUUGACGGAGUGUUUCAGUUCCUCCGAGAUCGUUCAGUUCUAUGGCUGUCACUUUGUUCCUAGGGACCGCGGGACUGUGGAGUCUCUAGCGCGCUUUGCACUAAGGAACGCGCGUGAGGGAUCUCCUUCGUCUCUCUUCCCAUCUGUUGCUCGUACAUGGAGCCAAUCCGACAGUGACGAGACUCAGAGUUCUACGUGGGGACCAGAUCAAUCCUUGAGGAUUCACCUGGUCUGGAGAGAACUGAGAAAACCCAGAGUUGUCCGAGGCCGGGUGAUACGGUUCAAUUCACGCCGGUCGGCCUCCACUUGUACCUAG